AUAUAUUCCUACCAAAUCUGAUUUGAAACCCGGAUUUCUUCAUCUACUCACUCUAAUCAACGAAGCUGAAGUGGUUGACUUAGACGCCUUAUUGUUUAUUUAAUUAGUUGUUUCAAAAUAAUUAAGUGUUCCUUCCUUUCCAGUUUGGUGUACUUGUUCUACCAUUUCCAAAUUCUAGUUUAACUAGUAACUAAAUUAAUUUUUAGACUAGGAAUAAAUUCAUUAGUUUAACUAGAAACUAAAUUUAAAGUGUAGAUGUGACACUUUGAAUUCAACACAUUAAUCUAAUCUACUUACUAAAAAAUUUGAACUAAUCAAAUCCAAAUGGAUAGUAUCGGAUAUAAGGGUUGUUGGAAAAUUACAGUUUAUUAUCUAUAUCUUUAAAAUUGUAUAAUUUGGUACCUUUUUUCAUUGAAAAAUAUUCUUUAAAUUUUAUAUUAUGAUAUCUAUCAUUUUAAUGACAAUUUUGCAAACAAAAUUUUCUCAUAUUAAUCCAAUAUUUAAAUAUCAUUUGGAUCCAUAAAUCCAACCCACAAAUCAAUUUAAUUCAAUCCCCCACAAAUCCACUGAAUUUACGAAUCCAUUGAUCAGCGGUGCUGAAUAGAGUAAGGCCCUUGACGCUGAUGGUGUUAGGUCCGAUUUUCGUCCGGAAAAGGUAAAAGUGGUGAGCUCGGGGACCAGCCUUAAAAACAACGGCCUGGUAGCUGGACAAGACGACAUCAGCCCAAAUACUCAUUAAUUGUUGCUUUCAGAAGCAAAAAAAUAAAAAUAAAGCUAAGGCCCCGGCCUGAGGAGAAGCAGAUAUGGUUGGGGACUACUAAAUUACUAAUCAAGAACUUUCCUAUAAGAAAAAAUAAAAAUGUAAUUCCCUUUUAUUUCUUUCCCAUUUUGCUGCUUCCCUUUUAUAAUUGUGUUUAUUCUUUUCUGGGUUGCUUCGGAGACGCAACACAAUCAAGGAUGGCGUGCGUAUAUAGUUUUCAGUUUCAGAGCAAGUGAAACCUUGAAAGUGAGAGACAGAGUAUAGGCAUAUUUAUAUCGAAACUCCCACAGAAGAAGCAACGGGAAAAUUAGAUCAGGCCCAAACCCAGAAAGAAAGAAAGAAAGUAAAGGGAAGAAGAAAGAAUGGCACCCAUCACCACCUUCUUCCUCUGUCUCUGUUCGUGUCUAGACCUUCUGAUCAACCCAUCACCUUGGCUCCUCCAACUCCAUCACCACACCACCUUGAUCUCUUCUCCUUCUUCUUCUGAUCAGCGGCAACCCUCACCGGCGUCGCCGCUCACCCUUUCCGCUGUCGGAAUGGGAUACAUUUUUCCGGAUGUUUAUUGAUAUUCAAUUGGGUUCUUUUGGAUUGCGAUCCAGUUUCUUUCUUCAAAGGUACGUGCCAGCUGGAAAUGCUACUGAUCGUCGUCAGCCUCGAUCUUGAGGUUAAUUAUAUUGCAGUUGGCAGCUGAUGGCCGGCUGGCUGGCUGGGGAAGAAGACUCUUUUUCUUUUCUUCAUCCAAGGGCCCAUAAACCCCCAAAAAAAUCGUCCCUUUUAAUUUUUAGGAAAAUGGAGCACAUAUACAAUUUUUAGUCUCUUUUUCUUUUGUCCCCGACUCCUUAGUGGUGGAGUUUCCUGUGGAACUAUAUUGUGAUUGACGAGGAAGUUGUACUAGUUAAUUACUAUGUUCAAUUGGAGUUUGAGUACUUUGUAUUGCCUUGAGUUACAAUUGGAUGGGAUUUUGUUCAAUUUCAAUUUUGUCCUGUUUCUUUAGCCUUCUAUUUUUUUUUUUUAGUCACUUGUAUAUGUAUAUGUCAAUUAUGAGUUUGUCACACACUCGCGAGACUAUAAUUAUUUUGGAUAGAUGUUCUAUGAACCUUAUUUUUAAAAUAAAUUAAAAAAAACGAAAGAUUGCAUUUGAGGUGAUAACAAUCCUAUGUAAUCUUUUGUCUUUAAGAGGAAAAUCGUGAAAAAUGUUGAACCUCGGCCCCCUAAAAGUACCUGGUAAAUCAAGAGGAGGAAUUUAUUCCAUCAAACAACCCUGCCGCGGCAAUAGCCAAAAGGGGCAACACAUUUACCGAAACAGAGUUACACAUCAAAUAAAUUGAAGUUGAGUAAAAGUUUGAAAAUGUGGCAAAUUUGGUUCAACAAAUUACACUUUUGGCACCUUGGCUUUGUCGAUCGAAGGCUUCACAGUCAUAGUAGGAAUACCGAAUACAGUACAUGAUAAAAGUUACAGGGGUGAUGAGAAAAUUAACAAUAGAUAAAACGAGAAGGCAAAAGAAAGAAAUGAAAAGAAGAUAAGAUAAUUAGAUAAGAAAUUAGAGAAUUAAACUACCUUAAGUUGA